AUGGCGCAGGAGACGCUCAUCCUUACGGAGGAGAACGUCGUCGCCGUGCUGGCCGAAGCGAAACGAGAGCUCAGCACGCUGUUUGGCAACAACGCAGAGAACACGGCAGUUGGGAUUACGGGCGACUGCGAGUUCGUGUGCCUGGAUGGGCCCAGCGUGGUAGUCCGUCUAACCGGAAGAUUCUGGCACGAAAAGACCACGGUGCUUGCCCGUGUGGGCAACUUUGUGCAAACGCGCAUCCCCGAAUGCGUGGACGUCGAGAUCGAAGACCCUUCGCAGCUGGAGGACGCGGAUCCUCCUCAAGGGCCAGGGCAGGCCGAAAUGUAG